GCGUUAACCAAGGGGAGGUGGUGCAGAGGGAACAGCCGUUUCCAUGGUAGUGUGGCCCGGUAAGCAGUGAGGGCCUCGUAGCGAAUAUCUCCCGGUGCCGAGAUGACGGGCUUGAGCUCAACAUGACCGGGGAAAAGAAGAAGAAAAAGAGGCUGAAUCGCAGCAUAUUGCUGGCCAAGAAAAUCAUCAUUAAAGAUGGAGGAACGCGGCAGGGGGUCGGGGAACCCAGUGUCUACCAUGCUGUGGUGGUUAUAUUUUUGGAGUUUUUUGCCUGGGGUUUGCUGACAACACCAAUGCUGACGGUAUUGCACCAAACUUUUCCCCAGCACACCUUUUUGAUGAAUGGUUUGAUCCAUGGAGUGAAGGGUCUCCUGUCCUUCCUGAGUGCCCCCCUCAUCGGAGCACUGUCAGAUGUCUGGGGUAGAAAGUCCUUCCUCCUCCUCACUGUAUUUUUCACAUGCGCCCCAAUCCCACUUCUAAAGAUAAGCCCAUGGUGGUACUUUGCCGUUAUUUCGAUGUCUGGAGUCUUUGCUGUCACAUUCUCAGUUAUCUUCGCUUAUGUGGCUGACAUCACCCAGGAGCAUGAGCGCAGUACUGCUUACGGCCUGGUGUCUGCAACCUUUGCUGCCAGUUUGGUGACAAGCCCGGCCAUCGGAGCAUACCUGUCUCGUGCUUAUGGGGACACUCUAGUUGUGGUCUUGGCAUCGGGCGUGGCGCUGCUUGACAUAGGUUUUAUACUGCUCGCUGUCCCUGAGUCCCUGCCUGAGGAAAUGCGACCGGUGUCCUGGGGAGCACCUAUAUCUUGGGAACAGGCAGAUCCCUUUGCAUCUCUUCGUAAAGUGGGCCAAGAUUCAACCGUUCUCCUCAUCUGUAUCACUGUGUUCCUUUCUUAUCUACCAGAGGCCGGGCAGUAUUCCAGCUUCUUCCUCUACUUGCGCCAGGUGAUUGGCUUCUCAUCAGAAACUGUGGCUGCAUUUAUUGGAGUAGUCGGAAUCUUAUCCAUCUUAGCUCAGACUGUGGUUUUGGGGGUUCUCAUGAGAUCUAUUGGAAAUAAGAACACCAUCCUUCUGGGGCUCGGCUUUCAGAUCCUCCAGCUGGCCUGGUACGGCUUUGGCUCUCAGCCAUGGAUGAUGUGGGCUGCAGGGGCCGUGGCUGCAAUGUCCAGCAUUACUUUUCCAGCUAUUAGUGCCGUUGUUUCGCGAAAUGCAGAUCCUGACCAGCAGGGUGUUGUUCAGGGAAUGGUAACUGGAAUCCGUGGCCUUUGUAAUGGACUGGGCCCUGCCCUCUAUGGCUUUGUCUUCUACUUGUUCCAUGUGGAACUGACAGAAAUGGGAGAACCUACAGACAGGGCUAUCAAACCCAACAUGGCAAAUCCAUCUGAUGAGAGAAGCAUAAUACCAGGACCCCCAUUCCUUUUUGGGGCAUGCUCAGUGCUGCUGUCCCUUUUGGUAGCUCUUUUCAUCCCAGACCACAACAGUAUGACACUUCGCACUGGUGCUCACAAGAAGCACAGUAAUGGUGCUCAGAGUCAUGCACUUCUUCCCCCUGCGCACCUACCUGAGGGCAAAGAACCACUGCUGGAUGACAGCAGCGUAUGACCUGAGGACAUUGUCAUGCCCGUUACAGGCAAUAGAGACUGUCAGACUGACAAAACCAUGGAUUGUGUUUUUAGAAAACAAGGGGGGGACACUAUGUGCAGCCAUGUUAAGAAAAGAAAAAAAAAGCUGCAAGGACCAAAUGGCAAAGGAGACCAGAGAAAGUGCCAUUAGCUGCUAUAGACUGGGUUUGGAGAAGACGUGUAUGAAAGAGGGCUAUGAAUAGCAGUCACAGACAAACUUAAUGACUGGCUGCCAAAAUUGAGGGGAUUGAUUACGAAAAUCUGUAGUAAAAUAUUGUGACAGCUGGUUAUCUUUGCCACCAGUCUGAAGAAAAGUGUGCAUUAAGCCCCUGAUAAUGAAGGCAGCGAAUGGGAAACAGACUAAACCACUGUAAAAUAGGAGGUGAUGGAAUGGAAUUACCACUUGCCAAAACCAGGGUACAGGGAGGCCCAGAGAUAAUCUUAGCUGUGCCAGUAGCCACAAAUAUGGGCUAUUUUAUCAUGGAAGAUAUCAAUAUGUAUAUUAUUUUUUUUUAAUAUUUUUUUCUCCAAAUAAAAUGAUAUGAGUUUAACCAACAGCCUUCCAUUCACCCCUGCACUCUGUAAAUUCCCUACUGUCUAUUCUCUUGACUCUAUCAAGCCCCAGAGAUGACUGACUCGGAUGAAGAGCUCCUCCCUGGUCUGACGAAUUAGCUUCUCUCUGUACAAAGUCCAAUAAAAAUAUAAUUUUUUCCCAGA